AUGCGGCCUAUUCUACUGUCGGGCCAUGAACGGUCCCUGAAUCAAAUCAAGUUCAACCGCGAUGGCGACCUCCUAUUUUCCGUGGCCAAGGACAAGAUUGUGUGUGCGUGGUGGUCUGCCAACGGCGAGCGCCUGGGUACCUACAACGGCCACCAGGGUGCCAUCUGGACCGUCGAUGUGAGCCCCAACACCGUCCUCCUAGCGACGGGUUCGGCAGACAAUACGGUGCGGUUAUGGAACAUCAAGACGGGCGAGUGCGUCAAGGUCUGGGAGUUUCCCACCGCCGUCAAGCGCGUGGCCUUUUCGCCGGAUGGUAGCAAGUUGCUGGCGGUGACGGAGAAGCGGAUGGGUUUCUUGGGUACGAUUGCGGUGCUCGAUAUCGCCUACGGAGAUGGACAAGGUGGGAACCUGAACGAGCAGGCUGACGAGCCGAGCUUGCGCAUCACUUGCACCGAGAGCAAGGCGACCGUCGCCGGGUGGAGUUUCUUGGCCAAGUACAUCAUCGCGGGACACGAGGAUGGCAGUGUCAGCCAGUAUGACCCGAAGACCGGAGAGCAGCUGGAGACCAUGCAGGCCCACGAGUUCGACCACCAGAUCAACGACCUCCAAUUCUCUCCCGACCGCACCUACUUCAUCACUGCCUCCAAGGACAAGUCCGCCAAGCUCAUGUCUGCCCGCAACCUCGCCAUCCUCAAAACCUACACUGCCGACACCCCCCUCAACACCGCCACCGUCACACCAAAGAAGGACUUUGCGAUUCUGGGCGGUGGCCAGGCGGCCAUGGAUGUCACCACCACCUCCGCCCGCCAGGGUAAAUUCGAGGCCCGUUUCUACCACCGCAUUUUCGAGGACGAGAUCGGCCGUGUCCGUGGCCACUUCGGUCCUCUGAACACCAUCGACGUUCACCCCGCCGGCACCGCUUACGCUUCUGGUGGUGAGGACGGCUAUGUCCGCGUCCACCACUUCGACAAGCCUUACUUUGACUUCAUGUAUGAGGUGGAGCGGGAGCAGAUGCGGAAGUAA